AUGUGGAUACUUUAUCUGUUGAGAAUUUUCGAUUGCUAUUUACAACUUUUUCUUCGGAUGUGGUUUCUAAAAAAGACAAGGAAAGACUUGUCAACAAUGAACAGAAUAAAAGGUUCUCUUUUAGAAUAUGCAUUUAAGAAGCAUGCGUUUGAGUAUGGCGACUUGAAUUCGGAAAAUGUAUUAAUUUUCGUUGGUGGGUUAACUGACAAACUUGCCACUGUUCCUUAUGUCCCUUUCUUAUCGGGAGAGCUGAAUAAGAUGGGAUGGUCAGUUGUUCAAAUUGAGUUCACGUCUUCACAUAUUGGAUGGGGGACUGGGUCGUUGGCAAGAGACCAUUCUGAGAUUGCCGAGCUAGUAAGGUUUCUGAAGUCUAAGCAAGGAGGAGCUAGGAAGAAAAUAGGUAUAAUGGGACACUCAACGGGGUGUCAAAACACAAUCUACUAUUUCUGCAAGGCGGAAAGAAACAAAGACUAUGACGAAUUGGACUUUGGUAUUAUCCAAGCCAGUGUCUCUGACAGCGAGGCGGUUUCCAUGUUUGGCAAUGAGGCCACCAAGUUAGUCGAGGAAGGUCUUGUCUUGGCAAAGGAACAUUUGGAGAGAGGCCAACCAAAGGAGUUGAUGCCUUACAAAUAUAGCCAACUUUUCUUUGACACCCCUUUAAAUGCCUAUCGUUUCUAUUCCCUAUAUAGUAAACGUGGGGAUGAUGAUUUUUUCUCCUCAUAUUUAAGUGACCAAGAGCUCAAAUCCAUUUUUGGUAAAAUCGAUAAGCCAUUGUUGUGCCUCUAUUCUGGAGCAGACGAAUUUGUACCAGAGAAAAUUGACAAGGAACUACUACUCAAGAGAUUUUCCGAGGCCACCCCCAAUGGUCUCUGGUCGAAAAAUUCCAAGGUAAUUUCCGGUGCAUUACAUAAUUUAGGAGACGGGUCACGUGACGGCGCGGUUGCCGAAUUGGGCCGCGCGGUUGUGGGAUUUUUGACUGAGGAAGUGGGAUGCUAA